GUUUAUAGAUAACGUUUUUUUUCCCCGGAAAUUUUUCUAUCUUUGAUCUGAAAAUCAAAAGCAUAAAAAUCAUAGUUUAGUGUCUAAUAUAGAAGAAAAUCAUUAUUUUCUAUUUUCUUCUAAUCUGAUCUCUUAAAGAAGAUAUAAACUCAUUAAACUGAUCAAUAUCAGAAUCCAAUUACAAUAUCUUAAUAAAACAAAAAAAGAUAUGGAGAACAUCGUCGUUAUCUCACCGGAAAACGCCUCAGGACCACCAUCACCACCACCACCUCCUCCGAUAAAGUCAAACUACGGUAUGAAGAAGAAGUCAACGGUACAAAAAUGCGAGAGCUUUGCAUCUAAAGCUACAAGAGAUGCAUGGGAUCGUAUGUUCGACGAAGCUCUUGGAGCUGAUGUUUUGAUUCAUACAGAUGAUAAUGGCUUAAUCUACGCGCAUUCUAACGUCAUCGGAAUGGCUUCAGAUGUAAUUAGAGGAAUGAUGAAGCAAGAUAAGAGAAAACCUAAUCGCAAAUCAAUCUCCAUCCUCGGGGUUCCUCACGAUGCUGUUCGUGUUUUCGUUAGAUUCUUAUACUCUUCUUGCUACGAGAAACAAGACAUGGAAGAUUUUGCGAUACAUCUUCUCGUACUAUCACAUGUCUACGUGGUUCCACAUCUAAAAAAAGUGUGUGAGUUGCACUUCGAAAGUACUUUGCUCAACAAAGAGAAUGUGAUUGAUGUGUUUCAGCUAGCUCUUCUUUGUGACGCUCCUCGUCUAGGUCUUCUAUGUCACAGGAUGAUACUAAAGAGCUUUGAAGAAGUCUCUACAUCUCAAGGAUGGAUAGCGAUGAAACAAAGCCAUCCUGGUCUUCAUAAAGAGCUUUUACGAUCUGUCUCUUACGAGCUUAACAGGUUGGAGCAAAGAAGCAAGAAACAGAAAGAGAUACAGACAUACACUCAACUGUAUGAUGCAAUGGAAGCUUUUGUCCACAUAUGUAGAGAUGGAUGCAGAGAGAUUGGUCCAACAAAGGUCGAAAACCCGCAUGUCUCUUGCGGGUUUCAAGCGUGCAACGGUUUGGAGAUGCUGUUGAAACAUUUGGCAGUAUGUAAACUGAGAUCAAUCCCUGGUGGUUGCAGCCGUUGUAAGAGAAUGUGGCAGCUUCUUGAGCUUCAUUCACGUAUCUGCGUUGACUCAAAGCAAUGCAAAGUCCCUCUUUGCGGUAACUUCAAGGAGAGGGUGAACAAACAAAGCAGAAAAGAUGAGAAGAGAUGGAGACUGUUGGUGAAGAAUGUUUUGAGCACCAAGAGAAUUGGAGGAUCUCCUUUCUUUUUGCAGGCUAUUGAUGUUACUAUGUGACAUUAUUAUUAUUAUUUCAUUCCAUAAUAGAGUGUUAGAGAUUGCAUAUAUAAUAUAUAUAUAUAGCUAGCAGAUUCUUUGUUAAGAGAGAGAGAGGUUUUGAGAUUCAAACAAUACUUCAAUCUCUGGUUCCAUCACAAACCUCGUUUUAAAAGAGUGUGUUUGAUCAUAAUACCAUUGAGUGUUUGGAGUUCUUGUGACUAUGAUCUUAUGAGCUUUCAUGCAAUUUUUUGAUCUUGGACCUCGUGAUAUUCUACUAAAAUCUCCCAAACAUAAUAAACGAU